UCAAUAACCGCUAUAUACCCGUCAUUAUUUCCUCCCUCAUCAUCACAAAAAUGAUUCAUUCUCUCUUUCUUCCCACCUACCCUUUUCCCUGUUCAUCAUUUCUUGGAGGAUACAUGAUGUCUAUGCAAUUCACAUCAAUGUAACACAAACCAAAAGCCCAAUCAGAAAGAAAGAUGGAGAACUCCAUGAGAUUUGGAUUGAUGGCUGUGUUUGCUGUUUCCGGAAGCAUGGUCUUCUUGGUUCAUCAAGUCCAUAAACGCAUACUAUCUAACUUCAUGAAGAAAUUUGAGUUUGAAAUGGGUGGUAUGUUAUACCCCAACGGCCACAAGAAUUUGAGUGGUUCUGAGAAACAUCAAGCAAAGAAGAAGGUGCGGUUUGCAAAACAAGGGUUGAAACUUCAAUUAGAGAACAAGGGUAAUAGAAAUAGUAGAAACGUGACAAGGGCACAGAGGGUGAAGGCUGACGAGGUUAGGGUCAUGGAGAAUAUUCAGAAAAGGAGGCAAGGGCCGAAAUUAGAGGACACCAUGCCUCCUAACAGGGCAGUUCUAUACAGGGAUAUUUUGAAAUAUAGAACUCUCAAUGGGAGACUUCAUUGAUAA